AUCCAUGUGUGGCGAUUGAGCGUGUUUCGAGCGCAGAUAUAUAUUAUAGUUUUCCAAAUUAACUUAAUGCAUAAAUAUCGAAUAUUAAACAGUCGUGUUGCGUAACUAUUCCAUCUGGCGUAACUGUGUUUAUGAUUGAGCGACACAUCUUUCGUUUUUCCAUCAAGGCAGGAAACUAUCUGCCCAGUUCGGCGAACAGACGCCACUUUUCAGUGUGAAACGUUCUUUCCUGUUACUGCUUUCGCACAUGUGUUUCAUGCUAUAAAAGCCCUCCUAUUUUCUGUGUUGGGUUGGGCAGUAGGAGCUCUCUUACACUCUUGCUGUCCUCACGUUUCUCUCUAGCCUUAUGCCACUCGUUUGUCCGCUAAUUGUCGACCUAGCGUUAUGGAGCCGUUUAGUUGAGAUGGGUGCAAGCGUGAACGGAUCCACUGCAACCCCGGCCACGAGUGAUGGCUGUAUUACAAGCAGCUUAUCGCAGUUUAAGAAGAAAUUUCUGUUCAACAAAAACAGUCACUUCAUUUAUCAAUGGGAACAGAUUAUUUUCAGACAAUGCUACAGUAACCCAGGAUAAGCUGUUCACUCCUGGCCCACUCAACGUCAGCAUGCGCGUAAAGAAAGCUAUGCUGCGUGAUGUAGGAACCAGGCACAGCGAAUUUGUUAAUAUUGUAAGAUCUAUUCGGCAGUCGUUAUUGGAGGUUGCUGGUGCAAAUGCAGAUGAAUUCACGACAGUACCCGUUCAAGGUAGCGGAACAUAUGCCGUCGAGGCAACGGUAGCUACAGCAUUUUCAAAUAUCCCGGGAAAGGUGCUUAUUCUUGAGAACGGUUCUUAUGGCAAGCGCAUCGCGAGCAUUUGCUCAAAAUGGGGAGUUGAGACUGAGAUAAUUACAUUCCCGGAAACGGAAAUGGUGGAUCCGUCUGUGGUGGAUAGUGUUUUAUCUCUUCGUGAAAACGUUAUAGGAGUUGCAAUGGUUCACUGUGAAACGUCAACUGGGGUGAUUAAUCCGAUAGGAGAAGUCGGCGAAGUUGUGAAAAGAAGAUUACCAGAUUCAACCUUUUUCGUUGAUGCUAUGAGCAGUUUCGGGGCUAUUCCUUUGUUAAUGACAAACAUAGACUUUAUGGUAAGCAGCGCAAAUAAAUGUCUUCAAGGAGUACCUGGGUUUUCCUACGUAAUCGCAAAGAAAUCAAAACUAAACAAACUAAAUGGAAACUGUCGAUCCCUUGUUCUCGAUCUUGCUGCACAAGUCGAUGUACUGGAUAAUACCGGCCAAUUCCGGUUCACUCCACCAACUCAUGCGAUGCUUGCGUUCAAGGAGGCACUGACUGAGUUUCAUGAAGAAGGUGGCGUUCUUGGUCGAUCGAAACGGUACUCGGAGAAUGCAUCCAUUAUCAGAUGUGGUAUGGAAAGCAUGGGCUUUAAAACUCUCUUAGACCACGACUUACAUCCGCAAAGUUAUAUUAUAACAUCGUUUUACUAUCCAGCCACCUCAAAGUUUGUGUUUGAAAAUUUCUAUGAAAAGCUUAGCCGUACAGGUCAUGUGAUAUACCCUGGACAAGUAUCAACGGCAAAGUGUUUUCGCAUUGGUACGAUUGGCCAUUUGUAUCCAGACGACAUGCAGUCGCUGAUUGAUGCUAUUCGGAAUGUUUGUCAUGAUAUAGAAGUUUGAAACGAAUAAAAAAAUAAAAAUUAGUGAUUUAAUACAGCACAUCCGUAUGUAA